AACAUUUUCCUUUUUCCAACAACUAUUUACAAAAAAAUUGCUUUUCAGACUCAGUAUUUCUCACAGCGACAAAUCGAUGAAUACAGACAGUGCUUCUACCUGUACUGCCACGAAGGAAUUGUCCAUAACUCUUCACAACUCCGAUACAUUAUGCGAAGUUUAGGAUACUCGCCUACCAUACAAGAAACAAUAAAUUAUUUCCAAGACUACGGUUGCAAAAAAGUUGAUUUCGCAUCAUUUUUGCAAAUACUGCACGCUGAAACGAAGAAAGAGCAUCCGAUGAAACAGAUAAUGGCAGCCCUCCAAUGCAUUGACAGGACAAAACGAGGAUGGAUAACUGUACCCGAAUUUGUCAGUAUUCUAUCGUCGGUUGGCGAGAAGAUGUCACGUGAAGAAAUAGAAAACGCUGUUCGUUAUCUGGACGAAAACAGAACCGGUCGAAUCACUUACCCCAAAUUGAUGCAAUUUAUUUCUUCUGUCCUUUAG